AUGAGACCCUCCACCUUCCUCGUCGCCGCUCUGGCUGUCGUCCCCGGUGCUCUCGCCGUCGACCAGAUGAAGUCCGUCAUCGUCUGGGCCAAAACCGAUUCCGUCGGUGACGACAUCAUUCAGAGGGCGAAGCAAUCCAUCAUCGAUGCCGGCGGUCAGAUCACCCAUACCUACUCUAUGAUUAGGGGAUUUGCCGCCGUCACACCUGCUAAGGUCCUUGAAUCGGUUCAAGCCUUUAGCGAAAGCCUCACAAUCGAAGAGGACCACACCGUCACCAACUCCGUAUAG